GCUGUGACGGUGGGAGUCGGGCAGCGCUGAGUACACGGUGCUGUGAGUACACGCAGCACCAGCACUUGCAGAAGCAUCAGCAGCAGCAGCAGCAUCACCAGCAGCAGCAUCAGCAACACCACCAUCAGCAGCAUCACCAGCAGUAGCAUCAGCAACACCAGCAGCAUCAACAGCAGCAAAAACAGCAUCAGCAGGAGCAUCAGCAGUAGCAUCAGCAACACCAGCAGCAUCAACAGCAGCAAAAACAGCAGCACCAGCAGCAGCAUCACCAGCAGUAGCAUCAGCAACACCAGCAGCAUCAACAGCAGCAAAAACAUCACCAGAAGUAGCAUCAGCAACACCAGCAGCAUCAACAGCAGCAUCAACAGCAGCAUCAGCAACACCAGCAGCAUCACCAGCAGUAGCAUCAGCAGCAUCACCAGCAGUAGCAUCAGCAACACCAGCAGCAUCAACAGCAGCAAAGACAGCAUCAGCAGCAGCAGGAGCAACACCAGCAUCAGCAGCAGUAGCAUCAGCAUCACCAGCAGCAUCAACAGCAGCAUAAACAGCAUCACCAGCAGCAGGAGCAUCAGCAGCAUCACCAGCAGUAGCAUCAGCAACACCAGCAGCAUCAACAGCAGCAUCAACAGCAGCAAAGACAGCAUCAGCAGCAGCAGGAGCAACACCAGCAUCAGCAGCAGUAGCAUCAGCAUCACCAGCAGCAUCAACAGCAGCAUAAACAGCAUCACCAGCAGCAGGAGCAUCAGCAAGGUCAGCAGCAGAAGAAGCAAAAGCAGCACUCGCAGCAGAAGCAGCAGGAACAUCAGCACCAUCGUCAUCAUCGUCGUCGUCAUCAUCAGCCGGGAUGAGGAGGAUGAGAGGGAGGGGCCGCACGCCCAGCCCGGGCCCCGCCGGGUCCCCAGCGCGCAGCCCGUCCCCGGGGACGGGGCCCCAACGGGGGUCCUCACGCACCGGUGGGGGGGGGCCUGGCGGAGGUUCCGUGACCCCCGUGACCCCCGUGGCACAGGCAGCAGCAGCAGCGGGGCAACCUCACAGCUCGCGCGACAACAGCGAUGAGGAGCGGGAGGAGGGAGGGGAGCUGUCGGCACGUGGCGACGCCGUCCCGGUGGAGGAGGGCGUGCGCUACAUCACCGAGGCGUUGCUGCGCCGCGUGAGCCGGCAGGAGGACCUGGCGCUCGUGCGCUCCCUCAACCUGGCGCUGGCGCGCGACGGCGGCAAGAAGUUCCGCUACAUAGAGAACCUGGAGCGCUGUGAGCGGCUGGAGGUGCUCACGUUGAGUCACAACGUCAUCGAGAAGAUGGAGCACAUGGAGCGGCUGGGGUCCCUACGCGAGCUCCACCUGUCCCACAACCUCAUCAGGAAGAUCGAGGGCCUGGAGCACAUGGCGCAGUUGCAGACGCUGGCGCUCGCCUCCAACCAAUUGGAAGCCAUCCCCGCGUGGCUGCCACGCCGCCUGCGCUGCCUCCGCUCGCUGGACCUCCGGGACAACAACAUCACCUCGCUGCAGGACGUGAGCCGGCUGAAGGCGCUGCAGGGGUUGGUGUCGCUGGCGCUGGCGGGGAACCCCGUGGCGGCGCUACCGCACUACCGGGCGCACACGGUGUUCCACCUGCGCUCGCUCGAGCGGCUCGACGCGCAGCCCGUGAGUGACGCGGAGCGCCAACUCGCCCACCAGCGCUUCCACCUGGAGGAGGUGGAGCGGCUGGAAGCGGCUCUGGCCGAGCGGCAGGCCCAGCUGGAGUCGUCCUCACGGCUUCAGGAGGAGUCGGCCGCGGCCCUGCUGCAGCGCGAGCAGCAGCUGCUGGCGCUGCAGCAGGAGCGGAGCGAGCGCGACGGCUCCGUGCACGAGCUGCAGCGCGAGCUGCACACCAAGAACCAGCUGCUGAAGCAGAAGAUGUUGGAGCUGACGCACGCGUGCCAGAAGCAGUACGAGCUGGAGCAGGAGCUCGCCUUCUACAAGAUAGAUGCCAAGUUCGACUCCCUGGGACACGCGCCGCCCCACGCCGGCGGGGACGACGACGACGACGACGAGUCGCCGCAGCAGCUGGCGCCCGGCGAGAGCCCGUACAUCGGCAAGGCGCGCUACAAGCGGAACGAGUUCGCGGGAGAGAGCCGCGUGCGGCUGUCCCCUGCGCGCCACGCGGCACUCGGCUCCGUGCAGAGCGACGGCGCCGCCACCGCGUCCCCAGCGCCAGGCACCGGCGGGGACAUCACGGACGCCGUCGAUCAGCAGCUCGCGCUCAAGCGGCUCGCGCUGGCCGAAGCCGAGCGCCGUCUGGCCGAGCUGCUGCAGGAGGUGGAGGCUGCCGAGCGCAGGAACCUGGCCGCUGCACAGGAGCUGCAGCGGCUGGAGGACGCGGCCGCCCAGGGCAAGGCGCUGGAACAGCACCGCGAGUCCCUGCGCCGUGCGCUGGCGCGCAAGCUGGAGCUGCUGGGGCGGCUGCGCGUGGAGGCCGAGGAGCUGGAGCGACGCCUGGAGGCGCAGCGCACGGAGCUGGGGCGGCGGGGAGCGCAAGCGGCGCAGCUCCGGAGGGAGAUCGCGGAGGAGCGCGGGGAGGACGGGCGCCGGCACGCGCGCGAGCUGAGCGCCGCCGCCGAGCUAGCGCUGGAGGAGAUGGCGCGUCAGCAGCGCGAGCUGGAGGAGCGCCUCGAUCAGAUGCUGACGCGCAUCGCAAAGGAGACGGAGGACAUCCGGGACCUGGAGCAGCAGCUCACGGAGGGCCAGAUUGCCGCGAACGACGCGCUAAAGCGUGACCUGGAGGGCAUCAUUGCGGGGCUGCAGCAGUACCUGUCGGGCGUGCAGGACCGGGCGCGCCAGGCCGGCGAGGCAUGCGGGCGCCUGCAGCAGGAGAACGAGGAGCUGCAGCGCCGCCUCGCUCAGCUGCAGCAGGACAAGCAGGAGCUGGAGGUGGUGGCCGAAGAUGCGGACGUCAUGCGUAAGGAGGUGUUGGAGCUGGAGCGGUUGCUGCAGGAGCAGCAGGAGGCCAACGCGUCCCUGCAGGGGGAGCAAGGCGAGCGAGACGCCCAGCUGCAGGCCCAGCUCGACGAGAUGGAGAUCGAGCAUCAGCAGCUGCAGGACCAGCUGCGUGCCCAGCACCAGCGCAGCAAGGGGGAGCAGGCGGCGCUGCUGGCGGAGCUCCAGCGGGAGAAGGAGGCGCUGGAGGCCGCCAUCGAGCAGGCGGGUCAGGCGCGGGCCCACGAGCAGGAGAACCAGCGGCUGCUGCAGCAGCUGCGUGCGCUGCAGGCGAGCUCAGCGAUGCUGAGCAGGCGCCUCCAGGACGCGGAGGCGCAGGCGGAGAGGACGGCGCGGGAGACGGUGCGGCGCGACGAGGUGGCGGCGCACCUCACGCAGCUCCGCGAGGAGGUGGAGGGGCCCCGCGGUCCCCUCGACGAGGAGGAGGAGGGGCACGAGGAGGAGCGGGGCGAGGAGGAGGAGGAGGAGAGGCGGAGGAACGGGCAGCACGAGGAGGAAGACGAUGAGGAGGAGGAGGAGGGGGGGACGAGGUGA